AUGGCUAUCCCUCUGGUGGUUACCAUUCUCUUGGCCUUAGCCUCCACCAUAACGCCGCGGACGACCUCGGCCGCGUUCGUCCCCCGAGACAACUACCUGAUCGAUUGUGGCUCGGAAACCGGAACCACCCUCCCAGACGGAAGAACAUUCAAAUCAGACCCACAAGCCAAUUACUUGCAAGCCAAUGAUCAAAACAAGGUAUCAAUAGAAAAUGGCAAUAAUAACCCUGAUCUCCCAAAUCAAUUGUACUCAAGUGCAAGAAUCUUCAUGCAAGAAGCCAAGUACUCCUUCCAUUUAAUCCAACCGGGUUACCAUUGGGUUCGCCUUUAUUUCUACCCAAUCAAGAACAAUAUCUUUGAUCUCCAAAAAGCCACUUUCUCCGUUAACGCCUAUAAAUACGUUCUUCUCCAUAGCUUCAAUGUUAACAACAAUGACAAGCCAAUUCUCAAGGAGUACCUCAUUAAUGCAAACGAACCCAUCUUCACGCUCUCUUUUACUCCGUUGAAGAACUCAGCUGCAUUUAUCAAUGCCAUAGAAAUCGUAUCCGUCCCGGACAACCUUCUAUUCGACUCCGGCUCGAACCUUUUCCCGGUCGGCGAUUACUCCGGCCUGACUAACCACGCUUUCCAGCCGGUUUACAGGAUCAACAACGGCGGACCUCUUGUCACCGCUACAAACGACACUUUAGGACGGAAUUGGGAGAACGACGAGCCUUAUAUAACGGUGAAGAACGCAGCCAUGAGUGUCGUUGUACCUACAAACAUUAUCAAGUACCCUACGAAUAAUCCAAAUAUCUCUCCUCUUAUUGCUCCGCCGACGGUUUACGCCUCGGCGACGGAGAUGACUAACGACUCUGCAGUGGAUCAGCCGAAUUUCAAUAUAACUUGGAAGUUUGAUGUGGAUACUUCUUUUAGCUACCUUGUAAGGUUGCAUUUCUGCGACAUUGUAAGCAAAGGUUUGAACGAGCUUUACUUCAACGUCUACAUCAACGAGAAAACCGCGAUUCCGACGCUUGAUUUGUCCAGCAUUACGCAAGCCUUGGCGACUCCUUAUUACAGAGAUUUUGUUGUGAAUGCGACGUUGAUGUCUCAGGAAGGACUAAAGAUUCAGGUGGGAGCAUCGCUGGCGCGAGGAGGAAGCGGGAACGCGAUCGUGAAUGGGAUAGAGAUCUUGAAGAUAAGUAACUCUUUGGACAGUUUGGAUGGCCAAUUCGGCCUUGAUGGGAGCAAUGGCGGUGGUAGCUCUUACCGCGGCGCGGUGGCCGGGGUUGGAUUCGCGAUGAUGUUUGGAGCAUUUGUUGGACUUGGCGCCAUGGUGAUCAAGUGGCACAAGAGGCCUCAAGAUUGGCAGAAACGGAACAGUUUUUCGUCGUGGUUGCUUCCGGUGCACGCCGGAGAUAGUACCUUCAUGAGCAAGAAUGCGUCAGGAAAGAGCAAUUUCUCUGCCACUAUGGGUUUAGGCCGGUUCUUCUCUUUGGCGGAGCUGCAAGAAGCAACUAAUAACUUCGAUAAAGCAAACAUUAUCGGCGUUGGUGGAUUCGGCAAUGUGUAUUCCGGCGUCAUUGAUGAUGCGACUCAAGUUGCGGUGAAGAGAGGAAAUCCGCAGUCGGAACAGGGGAUUAACGAAUUCCAGACCGAGAUUCAAAUGUUGUCUAAGCUUAGGCACAGGCAUUUGGUUUCUCUUAUUGGAUACUGCGACGAAAACGAUGAAAUGAUUUUGGUUUAUGAGUACAUGCCUAAUGGACACUUUAGGGACCAUCUUUAUGGCAAGAACAUGGUCGGACCACCGCUUUCUUGGAAGCAAAGAUUGGAAAUCUGUAUUGGAGCUGCUCGCGGUCUUCAUUAUCUUCACACCGGCACGGCACAAGGUAUCAUCCAUCGCGACGUUAAGACAACUAACAUAUUGCUUGACGAGAAUUUCACGGCCAAGGUUUCUGAUUUUGGUUUAUCAAAGGAUGCACCUAUGGGGCAGGGUCAUGUCAGUACGGCGGUUAAGGGUAGUUUUGGGUAUUUGGAUCCUGAAUACUUCAGGAGACAACAAUUGACAGAAAAAUCUGAUGUCUAUUCAUUUGGAGUGGUGCUUCUUGAGGCCUUAUGUGCAAGGCCUGCUAUUAAUCCUCAGUUACCCCGCGAACAAGUAAACUUGGCUGAUUGGGCUAUGCAAUGGAAGAGAAAGGGAUUGCUUGAUAAGAUCAUUGAUCCUAAUCUUGUCGGCACCAUUAACCCCGAAUCGUUGAAGAAGUACGCCGAGGCGGCUGAGAAGUGCUUGGCUGAUCAUGGUGUUGAUAGGCCUUCAAUGGGAGAUGUGCUUUGGAAUUUAGAGUAUGCUUUGCAGCUUCAAGAGGCCUUCACACAAGAAGGAAAGGCAGAGGAUGAGACUCCGGCUGUCGCAGCCUCAGCCUCAUCCCCAGCCUCGGCUGUUCUGCCUCCGGCCGCUCCUGCGUCUUCCAAUGCCUUAGAUGAGGCUGUCCCUGUUCCAGAAGGAAAUAACCCCCCGGCCGAAACCCGGGCGAUUGAUGACCAUUCUGGAACUUUGCAGUUUGCUAGGUUUAGCCUUAAUGGCAGGUGA